AUGCUUCGUAAAUAUGGCGAGGAACUGUGGCAGGAAGUACUGAACCGGUCCGGUUUCGAAAGCGGCAAAGAGAACAUCAUUAAUCAUUACUAUUCGGAUGUCGACACAUAUCUCCUAGUGGAUAGUGUAGCAGUGCUCACAAAAAUGUCACGUGAGCAAGUGUGGGAGUUGUAUGGAUCAUUUCUCAUAGAGUACACUAUGGAAAUCGGAUGGGAUGAACUCAUCCGAAAUAUGAGUCCAGACCUGAAGGUACAAUAA